AUGCUAAAAUCUCGCAACCUGGACCCCAAUCUCGAUCGAGACGAUAUGCUGGCAGACGAAGAGAUGAAGAAGCUUGCAUCGAAGCGAAAGGACUUUGAGCAUGCAGCACGCGAUGUGGACGAGCUUCGCAAACGCGCAACGGCCAAGGAGCGCGUCAGUCCAAGUGAUGCUAUGCGCAUGGCUAAUCUGAACAUCUUCGAGAGAGGCGAAAUCAUCGACUACAAGGAAGUCUACUUCUGCGGGACAAAGAAUGCGAAGAAGCACGUUGGCGAUCUCAAUGCCCAAACAGCCAACUUUGGCUACGACGACGAACGCGGUGAUUACAACAUUGUCUUGGGAGACCAUCUAGCCUACAGAUACGAAGUUGUUGAUGUUUUGGGCAAGGGUAGUUUCGGACAGGUCGUUCGUUGUAUUGAUCACAAGACGGGAGGGCUUGAAGCGAUCAAGAUUAUCCGUAACAAGAAGAGGUUCCAUCAGCAAGCUCUGGUCGAAGUCAAUAUUCUCCAGAAGCUACGCGAAUGGGACCCCGAUAACAAGCACAGCAUGAUCAACUUUACCCAAAGCUUUUACUUUAGAGGCCACCUCUGCAUCUCCACCGAACUUCUUGGUAUGAACUUGUACGAGUUUAUCAAAGCGCACGAGUUCAAGGGCUUCUCGGUACGCCUGAUCCGCCGUUUCUGCAAGCAAAUGCUCGCUUCGCUCGUUCUUCUCAAGGCUCAAAAGGUUAUUCAUUGCGACUUGAAACCCGAGAACAUCCUAUUGGCUCACCCUCUACACUCGGAGAUCAAAGUCAUUGAUUUUGGAUCCAGCUGCUUUGAGACGGAGAAGGUUUACACUUACAUUCAGUCGCGAUUUUAUCGAUCCCCUGAAGUUAUUUUGGGCAUGAGCUAUGGUUUGCCGAUUGACAUGUGGAGCUUAGGCUGCAUCCUUGCGGAACUUCUCACUGGCUAUCCUAUUUUCCCUGGAGAGAACGAGCAAGAACAGCUUGCAUGUAUCAUGGAAAUCUUCGGUCCCCCCGAGAAGCACUUGAUUGAGAAGAGUAGCAGGAAGAAGCUUUUCUUUGAUUCACUUGGCAAGCCUAGAGUCACCGUUUCCUCCAAGGGCCGCAGACGCAGGCCUAGUUCGAAGACACUUCAGCAAGCUCUGAAGUGUGACGACGAAGCCUUCCUUGAUUUCGUUGCGAGAUGUUUGCGGUGGGAUCCCGAACGGAGAAUGAAGCCCGAUGAGGCUAUGCAACAUGAGUUCAUUACUGGGGUUCGCAAAACCAGCCAGCCACGACGGACAUUCAAUGGUUCCACAGGUGUCUCGUCACCUGCGAAGCGCGUACCCGCUGCGCCAACGUCACAACCCCGCGUUCGACCGCUUCCCGAGCCUCCGGCAACUAGCUUCAGAAAUGCAACCGCUGCCAGCGGACAGCGGGAAGUGGCAACUAGCAACUCCCCUUCAAAGGGCAGCGCUCCGCAACGACGACAUUCCAACGUCCAGGGAAACUUGGUCGGCACUAAGCGUGCUGCGAACGGGGCGCCGCUCAAUACCGCAGGUGGGAGUGGCUUACCGCGAGUAGCACAACGCAGUGUGUCGGGCAAGCCAGACCUUGCUUCGGCUGCAGCGAUUGCCAGUCUUAAAUCGCGUUCUUAA